GCAUAGAUAAUCUAAUAAAUUUAUUUGAAUAAGGGGAUUUAUAUUGUUGAUCCAAACUAAAACUAUGCAUAGUUAGAUUGAUUGAUAUAUUGAUUUAGUAAUUUUCAAUAGUUCAGAUAGAGCUGUAUUACAUGUUCACUUCAGUAAUUUGUUCAUGAGUGAUGGAGAACAAUAUGGGAUAUUAUAACAUAACUCUGGAAUAUUGUAGCUCGCUUAGUUCUAGUCCAUCCGGUACUCAUACAUUGCCCCAAAUUAACAGGAGAGAUACCAGUGGAGCUAGGUAAUCUUAAGAAACUAAAGGGGCUGUUUUUAGGCGAGAAUGAGUUUACUGGUUCUGUCCCUGCAAGCAUUUUCAACAUGUCAACACUGAAGAUCCUAACGCUUGAAACUAAACAAGCUUUCAGGUACUCUACCUUCAGAUUUAGGCCGUGGAAUGCCCAUCCUAGAAAACUUUCUUUGUGGAGGAAAUAAUCUGAGUGGUUUUAUCUCUGCUUCAAUCUCAAAUUCUUCAAGACUCAGAAUGCUUGAUCUCUCAAGCAACAGUUUCACAGGUCCAAUUCCUGAAUCACUUGGUAACUUAGAAUACCUUGAGCUUCUUAACUUGCAGAAUAAUAAUUUUUUCAGCGAUUCAGCAUUGAGCUUCCUUACAUCUUUGACAAACUGUAGGAAUCUAAGAGUAAUCUCGUUUGGUGAUAAUCCAUUGGGUGGUAUUUUUCCUACAUCUAUAGGGAAUUUCUCCGACUCUCUAGAGGUUUUUGAAGGAUCAGAUUGUAAACUUAAAGGCAUCAUUCCUGAAGAAAUUGGUAAUCUUACUGGUCUGAUAAGGAUGGGUCUAGUUAACAAUGAGUUGACCGGACAUAUUCCAAGAACUGUCCAAGGCAUGCUAAAUAUUCAACAACUUUACCUACAAAGAAACAAGAUAGAAGGAACCAUACUAGAUGUUAUAUGCAGUUUAAAGAAUCUCGGUGCAAUAGACUUGUCAGAAAAUCAGUUUUCAGGUUCCAUGCCACCAUGCUUAGGAGAAGUUACUAGUUUGAGGUAUCUUAAUCUAGCUUACAACAAGUUGAAUUCUAGAUUGCCUACAAGCUUCGGGGCCCUUCGCAAUCUCAUAGAAUUCAAUAUUUCAUCCAAUUUUUUUAGUGGGAAAAUUCCCCUUGAGAUUGGAAACUUAAAGGCUGCAUCACUCAUUGAUCUGUCAAAAAAUGAUUUUUCCGGUAAGAUUCCUAGCACUCUAGGGGGUCUAGAUAAAUUGAUUAAACUUUCUCUAGCACAUAAUACAUUAGAGGGGCCUAUUCCAGAAUCAUUUGGCAAAAUGUUGGCCUUGGAUUUCUUGAAUUUGUGCUAUAACAAUCUUAGUGGUGAAAUUCCAAAAUCAUUAAAAGCUCUUGUGUAUCUCAAAUACCUUAACAUCUCAUUCAAUAAACUCAGUGGAGAAAUUCCCAUGGGUGGUCCUUUUGCAAAUUUUACAAGUCAAUCUUUCUUGUCCAAUGGUGCACUCUGUGGUGACUCCCGGUUUAAUGUGAAACCAUGCGCAACCAAGUCUACAAAGAAGUCAAGAAGAAGAAAAAGAGUGCUUACAAGUUUAUAUAUUUUUUUAGGGAUUGGAUCACUCCUUGCAUUGGUUGUUGUAUAUGUGGUGUUAAGAUUGAGAAACACAAAGAAGAAUACAAGUCAAGGAGAUAUGUAUCUAGUAAAAGGGCAUGAAAGAAUUUCCUAUUAUGAACUUGAACAGGCAACAGAAGGAUUCAACGAAAGCAACUUGCUUGGUAAUGGGGGUUUCAGCAUGGUCUACAAAGGGAUACUUAAAGAUGGUACCCUUUUCGCAGCAAAGGUAUUCAAUGUGCAAUUGGAGGGUGCAUUCAAAAGUUUUGACACAGAAUGUGAGAUACUUCGGAACCUUCGCCAUAGAAAUCUGACCAAAGUCAUCACCAGCUGCUCCAACCUUGAAUUCAAGGCCCUAGUGUUAGAAUACAUGCCUAAUGGGACACUUGAUAAAUGGUUAUACACUCACAACUUGUUCUUGAACUUAUUGCAGAGAUUGGAUAUAAUGAUAGAUAUUGCAUCUGCAAUGGAUUAUCUCCAUAAUGGCUAUUCAACACCUGUGGUGCAUUGUGACUUGAAGCCAAGCAAUGUCUUGCUAGAUCAAGAAAUGGUUGCUCAUGUUAGUGAUUUUGGCAUUGCAAAAUUGUUAGAGUAUGGACAAGAUGGAAUAGUAUCCACAAACUGUGAUGUUUAUAGUUUUGGCAUCUUGAUGAUGGAGACAUUUACAAGAAUGAGACCAAGUGAUGAUAUAUUUACCGGAGAAUUCAACAUACAACGUUGGGUUAGUGAUUCCUUUCCAAGUGAAAUUCAUAAGGUGGUGGAUUCUAAUUUGGUACAGCCAAGGGAUGGACAAAUUGAUGCAAAGAUGCAAUGUUUGAUAUCUGUCAUGGAAUUAGCGUUGAGCUGCACUUUAGUGAUACCUGAUGCAAGAAUUAGCAUGAAAGAUGCUCUUUCAACACUUAAAAAGAUUAGACUCCAGCUUGUUAGUAGUCGGCACUAGGUGGAAUCAGAUUGUCUACUCUUGUAUGAUAUUUCAUUACCUAUGUCAGUUAUAUAUGUUAAGCUUUCAAUUUUGCACAAGUACUUAAGUGUGUUUAAUCAAGGUUGUAGGAAGCAAACUCGUUUCUUGAUAUAUAUAGUUUUGAUGAUAUAUGGAAGUCAAACCGAAGCCAAUGACUACAAAUAUUUCUACAAAACUUUGAAUCAAACCUAAGCCAAUCAUC